AUGGGGCUGCUGAGUGGGUUGCUCGGGGGCAAUCUCGGCGGUAAACAACUUGUCGCCAAAGUGACUACAAUGGAUGCCGAUCUUGAGAGUAUUCCAAUUGUGCCCGAUUGGACGGGUAGAGAUCUUUUUGAUUUGGUUUGUCGUAUCAUUGGACUUCGAGAGUUUUGGUUUUUCGGUCUACAGUAUGAGAACAAGAAAAAUAUCUCUUGUUGGCUUCAAAUGGAUAAAAAGAUCUCUAAACAAGAUGUGCCAAAAGGAGUCGACGGUCAUUUGCAUUUUCUUUUUCUUGUCAAAUUUUACCCUGAAGAUGUGGAAGAAGAGCUCAUUCAAGACCUCACUCGACAUCUUUUCUUUGUUCAAAUCAAACAGGCAAUCCUCACUCAAGAUCUCUAUUGUUCGGCCGAAGCAGCGGUGCUUCUUGCCUCUUAUGGCGUUCAAGCAAUUCAUGGUGAUUGCGCUGAAGAUGCCCCGGUUGACGUAGCAAAAUAUCUGCCUGCUAAUGUCACUUCACAGUAUGAUAUGACGGUGGAUAUGUGGCAAGAAAGGAUUCGAAGAUGGUGGACACAUAACGCUGGGCAAUCGAGAGAAGACGCGGAGAUGGAGUAUCUUCGAGUGGCGCAAGAUCUUGAAAUGUACGGCAUACAGUAUUAUCCAAUUCAGAAUAAAAAAGAAACCGAUCUUCAACUCGGGGUCUCGGCGCAGGGAAUCGGCAUCUAUAAAGGCGCCAAUCGGAUCACCCCUCGACCAUUCUUCAGUUGGAGUGAAAUUCGAAAUAUUUCAUUCAAAAAUAAACAGUUCAACAUGAAAACGGUGGACAAAUCGACAAUCUCUUUUCAAGCAAAAGAUCAUUCAAUCAACAUGUCGAUUCUCGAAUUGUGCAUUGGCACUCAUAAUUUGUAUUUACGGAGAAGGCAACCCGAUAUUCUCGAAGUGCAACAAAUGAAAGCACAAGCAAAAGAGGAAAGAAUACGAAAACAGGAUGAGCAAAAUCGUUUACAAAAAGAACGAGAAGAGCGCAUGCAAGCUGAAACUGAAAGGAAUCAGUUGAGGAAUGACAUGCAAACUCUGAACGAACAGCUACACCUUGCUCAGGAACAAGCACGAAAAUCCGACGAAAAUGCGACGAUUUUCUCAACGAAAGCUCGAACAGCUGAAGAUGAGAUAAAGGAACUCUUGAAACGAGCUGAGGAUGCUGAGAAAGAGACGCAAAGGAUGAAGAUCACUUAUUUACAGUGUGACGGAAUGCGACGAAUGAUGGAGGAGGAGAUUCGCGAAAAAGAGCUCGCCAUGCAGAGAAUGUCGAUGUCGAUUGGGGACAUGUCGAUGCAAAACUGGCAACAACCCAGACAAGCAACCCAUUUCGCGAGUCAAGCGAUGAUGGGACAAGAGAAUGGAUGGAUGAUGCACAAUGGGAAUCAGCCGAUGUCGAAUUCCCAUCACGAUGUCAUGUCGAACACAUCGAGUGCUGAUGAAGAGCGAGAAGCGGCGCGACAAUGGGACGAGUUGCAACGAGCACAACGAUCUGCAAGCACGCAGCCAAUGCUUGUUCAUACUCCACAGAUCAUGCCGAAUUCGACUCCCCCAUUCAGGUCAUCCAAUAGCUAUGAUUCAACAACAACUGCAGCACCAGCAACAGCAACAGCAACAACACCAGCAACAGCAACAACUCCCACCACCUCCUCAAAUGAUUCAACUGCCCCCACCCCACCCCUACCUUCACAACAAUCACCUUUCUCCCUCAAACAUCUACCACCCGUCGGCCCACCACCACCCGAUCCAUCAGCUUUCGAUGUCGGAAAUCUACCAAACGAGAUCGCUCAACUCAAGAAUACAUUAGAUAAGAGCAAAUUGGACUACAACAAUCGAACGAAGCACUUCAAGGCGACACUCCAAGAAUUUCGUACUGAGCUUGAAGGGUUGAAGCGCGAGGAGCGAGUGACAGAACUCGAUCGAGCUCAUGCCGCCAAUCUUGGUCGUGAUCGAGGCGACACGCUUCGAAUGCCACGAUCGAAAAGCGUGAGCUCUCUCGAUUCCUCGGAUCAUGAGUGGUAUUGGUGCGUGAGUGCAUCCGGCUCGAUGCAACGUCGAAUCGCCACUUUUGAGGGUUUA